AUAUAAAGGAAACAAAAUAUGACAUUAAAGAAGUGUACUUAUCAAAAAGGUGGAACCUUGGGAAUUUGUAUAAAAGCUUCGACCUGACUAAUAAAAGUGAAGCAUGGAAUUUCAGAUGGAUCGACGAAGAUCAUGCCAGCUUACAACCACCAUCUUCUUCUUCCUCAUAUCGUCUACUCAUUCGUUCUAUCUUCCCGGGGUUGCUCCUCGUGAUUUUCAAUCGGGUGAUCCACUUAAUGUCAAAGUAAACAAGCUGUCAUCUACAAAGACACAACUACCAUAUGACUAUUACUACUUGAAGUAUUGCAAACCUACUGAAAUUUUGAAUAGUGCGGAGAAUUUGGGGGAGGUUCUUCGAGGGGACCGCAUAGAGAAUUCAGUUUAUACUUUCCAAAUGAGACAAGAACAGCCAUGCCAAGUGGUUUGUCGACAAGAACUUGAUGCUGAAUCUGCAAAGAACUUCAAGGAAAAGAUUGAUGAUGAAUACAGAAUCAAUAUGAUUUUGGAUAACCUUCCUGUUGCUGUUCUUAGACAAAGGCGAGAUGGAAGUCAAUCAACUACUUAUGAGCAUGGUUUCCGUGUUGGGUUCAAGGGAAAUUAUGCUGGGAGUAAAGAGGAGAAGUAUUUUAUCAACAACCAUUUAAGCUUUCGAGUCAUGUACCACAAGGACCCUGAAACUGAUACUGCUCGUAUUGUUGGGUUUGAAGUCACUCCAAAUAGCAUUAAUCAUGAGUACAAGGAUUGGGAUGAGAAGAAUCCUCAAGUGACGACGUGCAACCAAAAUACAAAAAAUUUAAUUCUAGGUGGUGUUGUGCCCCAAGAAGUAGAUACAAAUAAGGAGGUUGUAUUCACCUAUGAUGUUUCCUUCAAGGAGAGUAAUAUAAGGUGGGCUUCUCGUUGGGAUACAUACCUUCUCAUGAAUGAUGAUCAGGUUCACUGGUUUUCCAUCAUAAACUCCCUUAUGAUUGUCCUCUUCCUUUCUGGUAUGGUUGCGAUGAUCAUGAUGAGAACUUUGUACAGAGAUAUUGCUAACUAUAACCAACUGGAAACACAAGAUGAAGCUCAGGAAGAAACAGGAUGGAAACUUGUUCAUGGAGAUAUUUUCCGCCCACCUAUUAAUUCUGGAUUACUAUGUGUUUAUGUUGGGACUGGUGUCCAGAUAUUUGCAAUGACACUAGUGACAAUGAUCUUUGCUCUGUUGGGUUUCUUGUCGCCUUCUAACCGUGGUGGACUUACGACUGCCAUGGUUCUGCUCUGGGUCUUCAUGGGUUUGUUUGCUGGCUAUUCUUCUGCACGUCUUUACAAAACAUUCAGGGGAACAGAGUGGAAGAGGAUUACCUUGAGAACUGCUUUUAUGUUCCCCGGUAUACUUUUUGCUGUCUUCUUCAUGCUGAACGCUCUCAUCUGGGGAGAGAAAUCUUCCGGGGCAGUGCCUUUUGGGACUAUGUUUGCUCUUGUGUGCUUAUGGUUUGGAAUCUCAGUACCUUUGGUGUUUGUUGGCAGUUACCUCGGCAAUAAGAAAGCAGCCCGUGAAGAGCCAGUUAAGACAAACAAAAUACCUAGACAAAUACCGGAGCAGGCAUGGUACAUGAAACCAGCCUUUUCAAUUCUUAUCGGUGGCAUUCUUCCAUAUGGGGCUGUUUUCAUUGAGCUGUUCUUUAUUUUGACUUCCAUAUGGCUGAAUCAGUUCUACUACAUCUUUGGCUUCCUGUUUAUAGUUUUUCUGAUCUUGAUAAUCACAUGUGCGGAGAUAACUAUCGUCCUCUGCUACUUCCAGUUGUGCAGUGAAGACUAUUAUUGGUGGUGGAGAGCUUAUCUGACUGCUGGAUCCUCGGCUUUAUACUUCUUUCUCUACUCUAUUUUCUAUUUCUUCACCAAGUUGGAAAUCACAAAGCUGGUUUCAGGCAUCUUGUAUUUCGGUUACAUGUUGAUUGCAUCGUAUGCCUUCUUUGUGUUAACCGGAACUAUUGGUUUCUAUGCUUGCUUCUGGUUUGUCCGGAAGAUUUACUCCUCAGUGAAGAUUGACUGAUCAAGAGAUAGCUCAUAAGUUGUUGCAAGGAUAGUGAAAAUGGUCUGGGGUUCUGAUGAUUUUGAGAUUUAGGAAAAAAGGUCAUGUGGAUUGCAUCAUAUGACUUUGUGCCAACCGGAACAAUUGGCUUCUAUGCUUGCUUAUGCUUUGUUCAGAAAAUAUAUUCCUCGGUGAAGAUUGACCGACUGUCUGACCAAGAGAUAGCCAUAAGUCCAUACCUGUAUAGAGGUCUGAAUUCUGAUGAUUUUGAUAUAUAGAAAGAAAGUAGCAGGUUUUCGUGUUGCAUAGGAGUGAGGCUGAAGUCUGCCUGCCAACGACUGUUUUGUGUACGUUCACAGGCUUGACUUGUUUCUUGUCAUUUAAGUUUAUUUCAUUUGUUUUGUUGGUUACAUUGUUGCAACAUUAAUUGUAAUUUUUUUAACAAUACAUAUGGUAGAAAUGUUACCAGAAAUUUUGUUCUGUCUUGAAAACUUA